ACGGUAGGUUUGACCACUGCUAAAUUGGGUCCGCCUUUUAUCUCUCUAUCAUUCCUCCACUCCGAAACUUGUUCAAUUCUUAGUACUACAACUAUUAUUUUCCCUUUUUUUAAUUUUUUCUGGCAUUUGGAAAAUCUUUAUGACCUUUCCCCAUUUCUUCUUCAGCUUUCAUUUGACUUGCUGGGUUUUUCCUUUUUCCAUCGCAUUUUCUAAUUUGCUACCAAUAAAGAUCAUCACUUUGAUUUUAUGAAGUUAGCUGAUUUCAGAGGAAUUUAGAUUGAAUUACAUGGUUGAAGAGUUGUGAAUAAGAUGGGUUGUUUCACAGUGUUAAAAGGUAAAAAGAAGAAGAGUGAUCAUAGUGUACAUAUAAAACGUGUAUUGCCCCAGGAAAGUACACCAACAACCCUUCCAGAACCACAAAUCCCCAGUCACGCCCUGCAAUCAGCUCCUCCGAGUUUUCGCAACAGAGGACAACCUGUUGUUCAACCCACAGAUAAACUGACAAAUAAUAGGACUCGUGCACUUUCUGCACCAUCUAGCUUCCAUGGACCAGAUAGAGAGUCGUUAUCAACUGAAUAUGAAGAAAGAGAAGAGCCGAAACCCCAUUUACUAUUACCACAAGAACAAAGAUCGCCUAGUCCACAGCCUCUACCACUUCCCUCGCCUCAUGUUUCUGGUUCCCUGAAAAGUACAGGAAGCUUUAACGUGAGGAAUUCAAGUGGCCCUUUAUGCGCAUCAGGUCCACUGCCUCUACCUCCAUCAGGAACACUUCGGAACUUUUCCUACGAAGAAAUUACAUCUGCUUGCCACAGUAUUUCUUCAGAAACUUGUACAUCCGAGAGUCUUUCUUCAACUAUGUUUAAGGCUUCCUUUAGGGAUGUUUCUUGUACUGCCAGAAAGAUCGAGGCCACCGUUACCCGUUUUUACCCUUCCGCUCAGGGUAUACGGGAUUUUGUGAAUGAGGUCAACACACUUGCUUCUCUUCAACAUCCCAAUUUAUGUAAGUUGCUUGGUUAUCAUGCACGCGAAGGCUCUGAUCAGAGGAUAUUGGUCUACGAAAGGCUACAUCAUGGAAGCUUAGAUCGGCUAUUAUAUGGUAGAUCAGAUGGCCCUCCAAUUGAUUGGAAUACCAGAGUAAAAGUAGCUUUAUGUGCCGCCCAAGGGCUUACCUUCUUACAUGAACAAGGUCCAUUCCAGGCAAUGUACAAUGAAUUUUCAGCUGUAAAUAUUCAAGUUGAUAAGGAUUUUAGUGCAAAACUUUCUGGAUAUGGCUGUGUUGGCCUCCUCCCAGAAGCAGAUCUCUCCAAUAGCUCUUCGGCACUAGGAAAUCUUUCAGUGGAGACUGUGGAGAAAGGGUUACUGACCCCUAAAAGCAACGUUUAUAGCUUCGGAAUCGUUCUCCUAGAAGUUCUGACUGGUAGAAAGAACAUGGAUAGUCGUCGAUCGAAAGAAGAGAGGAACUUGGUGAAAUGGAGCUGGCCAUUCCUUGCAGAUGAAUGUAGGUUGUCUUUAAUAAUGGACUCACAGCUGAAAGGGAGGUUCCCCAUAAAAGCAGCAAGAACAGUUGCUGAUAUAGCUCAAAAGUGUCUUCAGAAGGAACCUUCAGAAAGACCAACAAUGAGAACGAUUGUGGACAACCUCAAAACCAUACAAGAUAUGAAAUAUUCAUGCCGGUUUCCUCUUCAAGAACCAGCUGGAAAGCAGAUGUUUCGAUCACCCAGUCUACCACCACGACAAAGUUAUUCUCACCCCUCGCCAUCUAGGGCUCAUGUAUCUCCCGUCUCACCAACAAGGCUGCUCACUUUGCCCUUAUCACUUCCUCCUCGUGCUUGCGCUUCACUUCUCUCACUGGAUGAGAUUGAACACCAGGCGCCCCGUAAAUCAUCAUCUGUGGUGUUCCGAAGGUCUAGUGUUGAAGGCUUCUGAUUGUUAAUAGCUUUAUUUUUUUACCCCAUUUUUCUUCACCCCUCUUUUUUCUUUUUUUUUUCUUCUUUUUUUUGAGUUAUACAUGAUUUAUUAUACAGUAUAAAUAUGGUGUUCCCUGUAUUUCCACUUACCUCAUGAAUAGCUGUGGAGGAUACUGGUUUUGUAGAUAUUGAGUGCAAGCUCCUCUGCAGUUUAUGAGAUAUGUGGUUUUCUUACAACCCUUUUGCCCUUGUUUGUGGAGUAAUUGUUAUACUUGGAUCAAAAUAAAUUCUCAAGCUUGAUCACCCUGAUUGAGGUCCUGCGUCGGUCAAGUGACAAACCAUGCAAAUAUUAUACACCAAUGUACAUGUCGUAUGACUUUUGAUGAUGAAUUAAUCAUAGUUGGUUUUUUUUU